AAACAUGACAAGGAAAAAUAUUAUUUUUAUAUAAUUUAUUUUUCGUAUGAUAAUUUUGUUUUUCAUUUUUUUUUUUCAUAUGACACUCAGUUAGGUGUAAUAAAACGAGUAUGUUCGUAUUUUUUUUAAGUGUGUCAAAUAUAUUAACCAGUUAAAAAAUAUAGUUAAAUAUUUUUUACUAGUUAAUAUUGAGUAAAUAGAAAAAGAUCCUUUUUACUAUGAAUUUCGAAACUAUAAAAUUGGAAAAUUAUCGAAACAACAAUGAUCAAAAUUUUAAUCCAUCAAUUGAUUAUGAAAAUAAGCAAUCAAAUGAAUAUGAUCCAUUUAAAGAAAGGAACAUUAAAAAUCCAACAACAAAUAUUGAUACCUUAGCUCACCUACUUAAAGCAAUAAUUGGUACUGGAAUUUUAUCAUUACCAUGUGCGUUUAGAAGUUGUGGCCUUGGCCUUGGUAUUUUAUCAACAAUUGUCAUAUCAUUUAUGAGUAGUUAUUGUGCUCACACACUGGUACAAUCCGCACAUAUUUUAUAUUACAAAACGAAAAAAUCACAAAUGAGUUAUGCUGAUGUUGCUGAAACAGCUCUAUCAGUUGGACCAACAGCUUUAAAAAAAUUUGGUAAAACAGCCAGAUACGUAGUUGACGUUGGUUUAUUUGUAUCUCAUUUUGGUACCUGCACAGCAUACAUUGUAAUUGUAGCUAAAAAUAUAAAAGACGUAUUAGAUUAUCAUCAAGGUGGUGAUCAUGCAGAUGUCAGAGUAAUAAUAAUUAUUCUUCUUUUGCCAUUAUUAUUCUUAACAUGGAUACCAGAUUUAAAAUACCUGGCACCAGUUUCAAUUAUUGCAAAUAUAUUUAUGUUAACAAGUUUGCUAACAAUAUUUUACUGGCUUACUAAAGAUUUAAUUACCAGUGAUAAAAUAGUUCGUGAUGGUUUUAAUUGGAUUGGCAUUGAUGAGACUAAUGAUAUUUCUUGGUACUCAAAAUAUUCACAAACAUUUAGUAUAAUUAUAUUUUCAGUUGGAUCAAUUGGUAUUGUGAUGCCACUUGAAAAUAAAAUGAAAUCACCUAAAAAUUUUGUUGGUCCCCUUGGUGUUUUAAGUCAAGGAACAAUUUUAUUUACUUUUAUUUAUAUGACUAUUGGAAUUUUGGGAUAUUUGUAUAAUCCAAAAGCAACUGAGCCAAUUAUCACUCUGGAAAUGCCAAUGAAUGCAGACUACUGGAACAGUUUAAUGGCACAAGCAGUAAGAAUACUAAUUGCUUUAUCAGUAUUUUGUUCAUUUUGUUUACAAUUUUUUAUUAGUCUUGGUGUAUCUUGGAUCUGGAUCAAAGAUCGAUUUAGUAAAAAUAAAAUUAUAGCAAAUUAUGGUUUAAGAAUUUCUCUCGUUUUAUCAAAUGUUUUCUUGGCAAUUGUUUUUCCAGAUGUGUUAUUAUUGCUUAAUUUCGUUGGUGGUUUUGGUGGUUCAAUUUUGGGAUUAUUUAUCCCAGUACUUAUUGAAACAAUGACUCAUUGGGAUGAUGACAGUCAUUGGCGAAUUUUAAGGCAUUUAAAAAAUUUAGUAAUAAUGUUUGUAGCUAUAUUAGCAUUUUAUUUUGCAACAGCUGAUUCAAUUAGAGAUAUAAAAAAUAAAUUUAUACAAGGAAAAGAAUAA